GCGCACCGCGGGAUGGUUCAAGAAAGCCAAACGAAAUACAUUUACUACUUCCUUCCAAACCGGAACUAGUAUUACGUGUGUUUAGUCAAACGCUUCCGUCUAAGCUUAGUCACUAUUUACGUUAAGUAUUUUGAAUGUAUAUUCCAUUCGAGACAUUGAUGCAUUAUGAUUUUAUGGAUAUAAUCGUAGCUCUAAUCGAUGAGACUGACAUUUUUUUUUGCAUUCGUGAAGUAGCUAGUGAGAAGAACUAGAAGAAUGUCCAAUUUCAUCGCGCUGCAGACACAGUUGGCUUCGGUCAUGGAGACACUGGUUCACGCGGCCGUGGCAGAAUUGGGUAAACUUGUUGAAGACACCUCGGUCUUCGUGUUCAAUCUAGAGUUAACACCAAAGCACAACGAAGAUGACGAGAUGACGACAAAAUUGCAGACCGAGAGUCAGAUGAAGAUGACGCACUUUGCUUCAGUCAUGGAAACUCUUGGCAAUGAAGCACUUGGUAAAAUCAUGAAGAUCGUGGAUGACACCAAAUUUCUGAUGGACUUUGAGCAGAAGUCCUUCAAAGCAGUUCGCGGGAGGAAGAGUAAACCACAAGCCAGCAUAUUGAACAUCCUGUCAGAGGGAGGAAUGGAGGAGCAUUCGUAUGGCGGUAGUGGAAAAAAUAUGGAGGAGACCGUUUCUACUCAACCCACAGAGCCUCAGGAUACGGAUGAGCCAGAGGCUCCCUUCGUCCUGGCUGUCAGUGUGAAGGACGAGCUGGGCAACAUUGACCUGGGAGCCAUAGCUGAGAGAGCUGCUGCAGAUGCGUAUGUGGUCGACGGGACACCUUCCUCGGACCACCAGUAUGAAACGGUGCCCAUCGUAUCCCAGCCCAGCCAAGCGGACCUCCUCCUCGAGAAGCUGGUCCGGCAGAGGAAGCUCUUCAUCUGCACCGAGUGUGGCAAGAGCUUCUCCACUCAGAGCAACCUGAAAGCCCACCAGAGGAUCCACACGGGAGAGAAACCCUUCACGUGCGUCAUCUGCAACAAAGGCUUCGCCCACAAACAGAGCCUGCAGGACCAUAUCCGCACACACACGGGGGAGAAGCCCUUCGAGUGCCUGCAGUGUGGGAAGUGCUUUGGUAAGCAGGCUCAUCUUAAGACUCACUCCAUCAUACACACGGGGGAGAAGCCCUACAGCUGCGACCUCUGCGGGAAGAGCUUUAACCUGGCCCAGAACUUGGCCCGCCACCAGCAGAUCCACACAGGGGAGAAGAUCUUCACCUGUCCCAUCUGCGGCAAGGGCUUCACCCGGGCGGUCACGCUCAAGACCCACGAGCUCAUCCACACAGGGCAGAAGCCGUUCAAGUGCGCCCAGUGCGGAAAGAGCUUCCGUCACGCCGUCAACCUGAAGAACCACCAGCGGAUCCAUACAGGCGUCCGGCCGUUCAGCUGCGACCUAUGCGGCAAAACCUUCCGCCAGUCGGUGAACCUGAAGAUCCACCGGCGCAUCCACACAGGCGAGAGGCCAUUCGUGUGCAAGGACUGCGGGAAGAGCUUCAGCCAGCAGAGCAGCCUCAUCUCCCACGGACGCACCCACUCAGAGGACCGGCCGUUCCCCUGCAGCUACUGCGAGAAGAAGUUCAACAACGCCAACAGUCUGAAGCUGCACCUGAGAAUCCACACAGGGGAGAAGCCGUAUGGGUGCGAGAUCUGCGGGAAGACCUUCAGCCAGGGAAGCCACCUGCGGACACACAAGAGACACGUCCACGCAGGGGGCAAACAGUACAUCUGUGACAAGUGUGGAAAGAGGUACUCAGACCAGCGCAAUUUGAAGAUGCACAAGUGUGUGUAUGCCUGACAUGUGCUCCCAAAAGACAUUUGAUCAUUGUUAUGCAGUUGUUGUGUUCUGUAAUUUGUAUUACGAGGAUGUUGGCAUCACUGGUCCUGUUGACCAAGGUUACAGUAUGUCUGAAGGGCACUUUACACCAUAAGAGCCUUGACUUGAAGCCCAUCAUUUUAUAAGUAAAACAGGCUGUUUGUGUGCAAGGACUGUGGGAAGAGCUUCCGCCAGCAGAGCAGCCUCAUCUUGCAUGGACGCACCCACUCAAAGGACCAGACGUUCCUCUGCAGCUACUGUGAGAAGAAUAAUCUGGACUUGUCUCACAAAUAGUCCCUUUCAUACAGUCUCUGUACUGGCUGGUAUUUUAGAUACUUUACUUUAUAGAUAUAGAUUGAGAUUUGAUUUGAGAUUUUGUAUGGAGCAGAAGUUUGUUUUCAUGAGCUGUGUAGGCUAUUUAUUUUGAUCCAACCUUAGACUUUGAAACGCUAACUGAGAAACUAAAUUAGUGUGUAUCACAGGAACCAAAAAUGCCUGAUGUCUCAUAAGAAGAGAAUGAAUUGUGUGUGCUACUGUACAGUCAUGCAUUUUUUGUAAAUGUGUCAAAGGACACGUGAUUGAUUUAGCAUUUCAUAACUAUAGCUAAUAUUUUGCUGUGUAAUAUAUUUGUAAAAAGAAAGAAAAUAGCACUGUUAGUUGAGACCAUCAAUGCAGAUUUUAGUUUUUUUUUUCUGUCAAACAAAUCAUCAAUCCCCAGUAAUUCAUAACCCAUCUGUUCUCUUAGGGGUGAAUGUUUCAGUGAUUACUUCUCCAUGGAGUCGUCAAUUAUGACACAACACGCAUCCACUAUUCUCAUGUCAGAGCAUUGUUUUUUACAAACACUGAUAGAUGCUGCUGCCAGGUAUAGCUAUGUAUCAUUGAUGGUUGUGUGAGAGAGAAUUAACUGGGUAAAACAAAGAUCAUGGCAACAAUUUAUGAGCAUAAAUAAAAGCAUUGUAACCUGCAUCCGGGCUUUUAUGGUAGAUCUGGUUCUAGUUGAAAUUAUAACACUAUUGACACA